ACCACUCCUUGACCAGUUGUUUUUCUCAGUAAUCACAGAUGAGAAAUGGCUUAAAUAAAAAAAACAUAAAGCAAAUUUAUUUAUUUAAGGUUUGAUUAGGGUAUUAAUUAACCAUUACAUAUUUUCAAAAAUCCCCAGAAGAUAGCUAAUUUGAAACGCAACUCAGUAACUUGAAAGAAUUACUUUACUAGUUUACCCACAACUUACUCGGAUUCGAGCCGGUGAAAAAAGCAACGAUAUACAGACGAUGAAUGACUUAAAUUUGAAAGCACGUUAGCAUAUUUAAUGCUCUCAAAUCUUUCAUAUAUAAACGGAAAGAGCCGCGGGGAGAAGCGCUCAAGACUUUUGUAUAUUUAAAGUUUUAGGUAAGGUUUUGUUAGAGAGCAAACUGAUAAUAUCAUGGAGGUAAUCAAAGCUGCAUUGAGGAUGGGUUGUGGAGCACAGAAAAGAUUGGCAGUAGCAGCUGCUCAGGAGAAUCACAGUUAUGGACAACUUCUUGCUUCUGCAUGGCAACUUUCAAACAUAUUACUAGAAGACAGUUCAGCUAAUACUAGCAGAGAUAAAUCUAUUGUACAUGCUAAUUCUCAAUCCACCCACUCCAUGGAGUGUAACCAAAGUACAAAUGAAACUGAAUUGCAUCUGAUAAGUAAAGUGAAAGGUACUUCUAUUUCCAGUCUUAGUGGAGCUCGGAUAGGGAUUGUGGCAAAGCCCUCAGCAGAGUUUGUGGCUGGGAUGUGGGCAACCUGGAUCGGUGGUGGUGUUGUGGUUCCCCUGGCUCUAAGUCACCCAGAAACAGAAAUUCUCUAUGUUAUGGAUGAUGCGAAAAUUUCUGUCAUUGUGGGUACCAAGGAAUAUCAGGAACUUCUGGAAGGCAUUGCAGGGAAAUGUUCUGUACCCUUUUGUCUAAUUCCUGUCUUUCCCAAUCUUCCAGCAUAUUCUGAACCAUCUAUGUCCAAUGAAUUUAAGGUCGGAGCUUCAAGCAUGCUGUUUGAAGACAUAUUGGCAAAUGUUGAAAAAUAUACAACAGUGGAUGGUGAUGGAGCUGCAUUGAUUGUGUAUACAAGUGGCACCACAGGUAAACCUAAAGGUGUUGUGCAUACGCAUGCUAGUAUAGCUGCACAGGUUCAAAUCCUAACGGAAGCAUGGGAAUAUACACCAGCUGAUAGAUUUCUAAAUUGCUUACCAUUACAUCAUGUCCAUGGCCUUUACAAUGCCCUGCUUGCACCUCUCUAUGCGGGUGCUGUGGUAGAUUUCAUCCCCAAAUUCAGUGCAAGAGAGGUAUGGCAGAGAUGGAUUGACUCAUAUCCUAGUGAUGGAAGCAAGGCUAAAAAUGCUAUUACUGUUUUUACCGGGGUUCCAACAAUGUAUACUCGAUUGCUUCAAGCUUAUGAGUUGAUGGGAAUGGAAGCUCAAAAAGUUGCUGCAUCAGCAGCGCACAAACUGCGUCUCAUGAUGUGUGGUUCAUCAGCACUUCCUCAUCCUGUUAUGAAAAAGUGGGAAAGGAUCACAGGGCAUUGUCUUUUAGAGCGAUAUGGGAUGACUGAGUUUGUGAUGGCUCUUUCGAAUCCUCUCCAUGGUCCGCGGAAGGUGGGCACAGUUGGAAAACCUCUUCCUGGUGUUCAGAUCAAAAUAAUAUCAGAACCUUCAGAUAAUCAUAAUGAGCCAGGCACAGGUGAACUCUGUGUUAAAAGCCCAUCCAUGUUCAAAGAGUAUUGGAGAAAGCCACAGGUUACAAAAGAGUCGUUUGGAUUUGAUGGUUAUUUCAAAACAGGAGAUACAGCAACAAUAGAUGCAGAUGGCUACUGUGUCAUCCUGGGGCGUACAAAUGUCGAUAUCCUUAAGGUGGGUGGAUAUAAAUUGUCAGCACUUGAAAUCGAAGCAACACUAUUAGAGCAUCCAGAUGUAGUGGAGUGCUCUGUUUUGGGGAUACCAGACACAGUCUAUGGAGAAAUCAUAUGUGCAGUAGUAGUUCCAAAAACUGAGGCACAAAGAAUAGAAGCCAAUUCAAAACCUGUUAUUACCAUUCAGGAUCUCCACAAAUGGGCCAAAGAAAGAAUUGCUCCUUACAAGAUUCCUCAGACACUGCAUGUAUGGGAGUCAUUACCUCGUAAUGCUAUGGGAAAAGUGAAUAAAAAGGAGCUAAAGGAAUUAUUACUAAGUUCAUGACUUCUUUGUAAUGGAAGGGUGAUGGACAGAUUUUCUUGAUCUGGCAGAGACUUGAAAAAUUGCCAUUUGUUGGCAGGACACUUAGAUUAUAAACAAAUAUUGCAGAAUUAAAUUGUAUAGAGAAAUUAUUGAGAUGAUCUACCUCUUUCCAUGUAUGUCUUUUAUUAACAGAGUACAGUCAAAACGGUUGGUGACAAUAUGCAGUCCUCCCGUCUCCGUUUUGCUUUGUGGAUGAACUCUCUCAAUUAAAGGCCGUUUAAAGAAUGUUUACAGCCAACAAUUUUGUUUAGAUUUUUGAUAUAUUUUACCUUUUCCUUGAUGCAACCA